AUGAUACGCCGCUUCAUAGACCAAAUAGGAAAGCAAUCACCAACAGAUGAGGCUACUCUCAGCUUGGCCAGCCCUGAGUCUACCGAUGAAAGUGUGGAAAUAUGUUGGCCAGGUAGGUCACAGGGAUAGGGAUGAAGUAAAGAACGGACCUCUCCUCGACAAGGGCCUGCUGUUCGCCACAACAAGGACCUCUACUUCUCCAGGGCUCCGGGGACACUGAGCUGGAGCAGGUCUCUCUCGUCCCAGUCCUCUUCCGAGUACCAGUCCUACUCCCAGUGUCAGCCCUGUUACUCACGCAUGUGUGACCAGGAGGACGUGGCCAAGCAGAGCGUGUACGCCUUCUAUACCCAUGUGCAGACCGUGCAGGGAGUGGCUGUGGCUUGGGAAACCGAGGCGGGAUUUGAGCCAGUCAACAGGAAGCCACGCAUACAUGAAGCCGAAUUCAUGAAGAGGCAGAGAAGGAUAGGCUCCUCCUUCGAGAUAGCUUCCAACACUGAUCUUACUGACUUGGAAGCCAGUAAGAACUGCCUUCAAGAGCCAGAUGACUCCGAGCUGGUGGGACCAAUGGACUGUUGCUUUCAGGACCUGCGGGAUCCCCCAGAGUGGCUGGUCACCACAAACUAUGGGUUGCGCUGCAUGGCCUGCUGUCGAGUUUUCCCCACACUGGAAGCGUUGCUGGAGCAUGCCCAGUAUGGCAUCAGUGAGGGCUUCAGCUGCCAAAUUUUUUUUGAGAUGUUGGAGAGAAGGCGGGUCCAGGAUCAAGGCCACGACCAGCAGGUGGAGGAGGAGGACUGGGACCCUUUGGACACAAGUGAUUGUUCUAGGACUCAUGGCAAGAUGCCUCAGUCACAGCAGAAGAAGCAGUAA